AUGGACGAGGAGGAACGUCACCAAGGAGGUUCUGUCGCGGGGGUUGUUGCCGCCGACCAAACCCCACAGCAACUCGUCGCCAGGGCCAUAGCCCCCGUCAAGAAGGAUUUCCUCCGGCCCCCUCCUGUUCGGUCUUCCGCUCCGACCGACGACGUUUCCACUUCCAAUGAAAACAAGACCUCCGUUCUGGCUAAGGAGAAGAAGUCUAAGCGCCAAAUCAAACGCGAACGUCGUCAGGAACAAAAGUCAGCACGAAAUCUAUGUCCCGAGAUUUCGAAGACGGGGGAUGUUAGUUCAUGUCCUUACAAAGACAAGUGUCGUUUCAGCCAUGAUUUGGAAGGCUUCAAGGCGCAGAAACCGUCUGAUCUAGAGGGACAAUGUCCGUUCAUUAAAACUGGAGGCUCUUGCCCUUAUGGUUUAGCGUGUAGAUUUUCGAGUACGCAUGAAGGUGGUGUGCCUUCUAGCGAUCCGAAUGGUUUGAAGAAUAGUUCCGAGGUGAAUGGGUUGAGCAAGGAUGUUCAAAAACUUUUGUGGAAAAAUAAGAUGAACUUCUCCAAGGCAGAUCUCAAACUCAAAAGUCUCGGCCUCCUGGGACCAUCUAAGUCAAAAAGGAAUGACUUGGAAAAUAAAGAUGGAGUUGAUGCUGGUUCAAAUAAGUGUGAUCAAUCCGAUGGCAGUGGCUCUUGUGUUGUUAGGAAAGAUGAUGACAAUGACAGAGAUGGAAAAUCUGAAUCUGAUGAACUUUGUCCCCUGAAGCGAAGAAAAACUGAGGAAUGUUGCAAUCCCAAAGAGGCAGAAAAUGAAGAGAAUUGUGGUCCUAAGGAGGCAGAAAAUGAAGUUUGUGUGACUGGGCUUCAUACGGCUGAAACAGGUGUUAGCGUUACUGAGCAAAUUGUUGAAAGAAGUUGCACAAAAUCAGAAGCUGAUGCUAUCACCCCAGAAACUGAUCGAAGCCUGAAGUCUCACUCACGUGAGAAGAAGCUUAUUGAUUUUAGGGAGAAGUUGUAUCUUGCACCCUUGACCACUGUUGGCAAUCUUCCUUUCCGGAGAGUUUGCAAAGUUUUAGGUGCUGAUGUAACUUGUGGUGAAAUGGCAAUGUGCACAAAUCUUUUGCAGGGUCAAGCGUCAGAAUGGGCAUUGCUAAGACGACAUUCAUCUGAAGAUUUAUUUGGUGUCCAAAUCUGUGGGGCAUAUCCAGAUACUGUGGCACGCACAGUUGAACUAAUUGAACAAGAAUGUACUAUAGAUUUUAUUGAUAUAAAUAUGGGUUGCCCUAUUGACAUUGUUGUGAAUAAGGGUGCUGGAUCAGCUCUUCUAACAAAACCUAUGCGGAUGAAAAGUAUCGUAGAAGUAGCCUCGGUUACAGUGGAUAAACCAAUAACUAUCAAGGUACGGACUGCUUAUUUUGAAGGGAAGAACCGCAUUGAUUCUUUGAUAGCAGACAUUGGCUCUUGGGGAGCCAGUGCCGUUACAAUACAUGGUAGGUCACGUCAACAACGCUAUAGCAAGCUUGCUGACUGGGAUUAUAUAUACCAGUGUGCCAGGAAAGCCCCUACUACAUUGCCAGUAGUGGGGAAUGGAGAUGUUUUUUCAUUUGUAGACUGGAACAACCACAGAACUGAAUGCCCUGAACUUGCUACGGACAUGAUUGCUCGUGGUGCACUGAUUAAACCUUGGAUAUUUACGGAGAUCAAGGAACAAAGACAUUGGGACAUCAGUGCUGGCGAGCGUCUAAAUAUUUUCAAGGAUUUUGUUAAUUUUGGUCUUGAACACUGGGGUUCUGACACAAAAGAUGCAAUGAUUGUGUUGGGGGUUGAGACAACAAGGCGGUUCUUGUUGGAAUGGCUUAGCUACACUUGCAGGUAUAUACCUGUUGGUCUUUUGGAUGUGGUUCCACAACGAUUAAACUGGCGUCCACCUUCUUACUGUGGGCGUGAUGAGCUUGAGACACUAAUGGCCUCAGACUCUGCUGCUGAUUGGAUAAGAUUAAGAAUGAUUGCAUUGGAGAUAAGAUGGGGAAGCGAAGUACCUACUGACACUCUAAAGUGGUAG